AUGGCCGCACCCGCCGCCACCGGCCAGCAGGCACACCGACCGCCGCCGCGUUAUACCAUCCGCCCCCCCAGCAGAUCGUUCGACGGGAAGUUUACCCUGCGCCAGUGUUCACCGCCCUCGGUUGCCGAAUUGCACGCAAACGUGGUGAGCAGCAGCUCCAACUUUGAUUUCUCGAGCAGCUCGAACCCCGCUGGCGGCGGCGGCGGCGGCGGCGGCGCGAGAGGGCUUGCUGCAUGCAGCGGGAGCGACAGCGACGCGUCCAUGGAUGCGGAGGUGGCGUCGCUAACGAGCGGGCGGCGCCUCGGGUCCGGCGUGGAGGGGCUGGUGAGGAUGGUGAACGCGCCGACAAAACUCCCGCGCGCUGAGCCGCGAAUCCGAGAUGCGGAGUCAGCAGUCGCUCUCUUCGCUCUGCUUUCUCCUUCGACCCACAUCACGCCGUCUCCCGUGCAAGGGCGUCACCAGCAGCAGACAACGAAGCAACAGCUGGACCAUUUGGGUGACUGUGGACGCUCGAGCUGGGACACGGAGACAGGGGCUGGAGGCGAGAAGGGAGACGAGAUUUGGGUUCACGAGCCGGAAGCCAAGCGCCAGCGCGUCGCUUCGCCGAGUAGGUGCCAGACUCUCAACUUCAACACCCACGUGUAGCUAUCGUGUGCCGCGCAUGUCUCUUGUUAUAUAUGCAACUUUUUUUUUAACAGUGUAGUCUAGACCCAAUUUUAAAAUAUUAAGAAAAAAAAAAAAAUUGGGAGGGUUGGGCGUGCACAUACGCAGAAACUGCUGUACCAUGCUUGGCGCAUGCUGCACUGCUGUAGUGCUGGUGUCGAACGCCCAAAAAUGUCUAGAUAUGUAGAGGAGAACGAGAGUAGGGAGCACUGGUAGCUCUGAAAGGUGUUGUUGAGCAUAUGAGCGUCAACUUGACAGAGGGUGCGGUGCCCGCCGACGUUUGUUUGUGUGUUAAGAUGUACAGCAUAUUAUAUCCACUAUGCUACAAGUCAGCGGCGUCAACUUGACCGAGAGUGCGGUGCCCGCCGACGUUUGUUUGUGUGUUUGUUAACAUGUACAGCAUAUCAACUAUGCGACAAAGUCAGCGCUGACUUGUAUCUAGUGGAUAUGCUGUACAUUUCAACAAAAGGAUUACAACCUUGGGGUUUACCGAGGUGCAACAGCCCGAACAAGCUGAAGGAUCCCGGUUGUACUUUUGUUAAGAUGGUACAGCAUACCCACUAUGCUACAAGUCAGCGCUGACUUGUAGCAUAGUGGAUAUGCUGUACAUCUUAGCAGCGUUCUCUGGGUGUAUGUUUUGUGCGAGGCCUGAAUCCAUGUCUGUGAGUAAGUUCAACUUUAGACAGACAGACACAGACAGAUAGAGAGGGAGAGAGGGAGAGAGAAAGAGAGGGAGAGAGGGAGAGAGAAAGAGAGAGAGGAGGAUAAUCCGUGUGUAUGAGUAUCCUCCUGUGUCCCGAUGUUGCAUAUUAGUAUAGUUUGAAUAGGCCAGCUGGGGCGAGAGCCUGUGACAACCCGUACGGCCCAUCCCCCACUCCACCCCCCCGCCUCUUUGCCUGCCCCACCCCGUGGAUGAUAAUUGAGAUAAUAAUUGCUACGUGUCUCCGUAGCGGAACACAAGUCUUGCGAUUAUUUAAUGUUGUUGAUACUCUCAUCAUUUGUUCCCGUAGCGGAACAGCGGAAUAUGGUAGCAAGGCGGUAACCUGCGGUUUGCGACUUUGAUGUAGCCUGGCUCCUUAGGUAGGCGUGUAUCGGUUGUGCCGUGUCUUCCGCCCCUUGUCGCUCGAAGUUGGAUGAAUUGAAUUCGUCUCACACUUCGUUUUCUAUACUGUAUCAUUCUAAAUUGUUCGGAGCGAGGAAGAUCGCCACCCCCGAAGCGGAACCCCGUUGGUUAUUGUCUCGAAUAAUUAAAGUUUGUCGCGUUGCUUGCGUUCUUGGCGGAUGAUGAUGGUUUCCUUGUUCCCGUAGCGGAACACACCUAACGUAGCACAUGGGUUAGGUAGCGUGGCCGUGCGACGCCUUCAAACUUGACGAGGAUUGGAUUCCCAGGCGCAACUUUGUAGUGAGGUUUUUUGCCCUUCGUUCGCGCAAAAUUUGUAUGAAUUGAAUUCAGCCGUUUCAUGUGCUCCAUUUCUUUUACUGGACGGGGAUUUAAUCCUCGGGCGCAACGUUGCUGUAUUUCUUUUGCCCUUGUUUCGCACGAA